AUGUUGGAUUCUGCUAACGAUUUCAAUCCUUUCAUCGUAGCCAUAUGCUUUUAUAUGCUGGUAUUUCUUAUUGCCGAGUUCACUCGAAAGCUUGUUGACGGAUUUGUUACGGCCGGCUCUUUGCUUUAUUAUUUUUUACUAGAAGCUAUCGCGACAGCUCAAAUGUGUUCUUGCGUUUAUGAAAACGCUGUCAUAAUUCGUCACUAUGGCCAGUUGGGCUUUUUUUUCGCAGUUUAUUCGUUACUUUUUGUUGCUAGUACUAUGAAUCGAGGAGCAUUUGUCUCACCACUUCCACCUAUUGAGCUUUUCUACAAAAAUACCAUUUCGUUGGGAAGGUUCUUGGUAACGAUCGCUGGUCAAAUUGUUGGUGGUUUUUCUGCUUAUCGGGUGGCUCGUAAUUUGUGGUACUGGUCAUUAAAUCUUUCCACCGAUCAUGCUGUUUUCUAUAAAAAUACUAGUUGCGAAAUUGCCUACAAGGUACCAUUCGUCUUUGUUCUUUCUUUUGAAGUGAUUGGGUGUUUCCUAAUGCGCUUCAUUUUGUGUCGAAUUCCAGCUCAUUCAAAAAAGCUUAUUACACCAGCUGUUAUAUCAGCCUUCUUAACUUUUGCUUUAUUAGUGCUUGGUGUUCCUGGUCUGAAUCCAACAGUUGCUUCAUCACGUUUGCAAGGAUGUGACGGACUGGAUACUUCUUGGUUUAUUCUGACUUAUUGGAUAUGUCCUGCAAUAGGUUGGAUGUUGUCAGUUUUGAAUGAUGAACGUAUAAUUGGGUCUGUUGAAAGAAAAGAAAAAUAA